GUUGUGGUGGCCCGCGGCGCGCGCACAGCACCGGGCGCAGCCGCCGCCGCCGCCUCAGCCGCAGCAGCGCCGAGACCGCCGCGCCCUCCUCGUCCUCUUCUUCCUCCUCCUUCCUCCUCCUCCUCCCGGAGCCCGCAGCCUCCUUGCCCCUCUUCCCCCCCGGACCCCGCGAAGAUGGUGGACCGCGAGCAGCUGGUGCAGAAGGCCCGGCUGGCCGAGCAAGCCGAGCGAUACGACGACAUGGCGGCCGCCAUGAAGAACGUGACGGAGCUGAACGAGCCCCUGUCCAACGAAGAGAGGAACCUGUUGUCCGUGGCCUACAAGAACGUGGUGGGGGCGCGGCGCUCGUCCUGGCGAGUCAUCAGCAGCAUCGAGCAGAAGACCUCUGCGGAUGGCAACGAGAAGAAGAUCGAGAUGGUCCGUGCCUACCGCGAGAAGAUCGAGAAGGAGUUGGAAGCGGUGUGCCAGGAUGUGCUGAGCCUGCUGGACAACUACCUGAUCAAGAACUGCAGCGAGACGCAGUACGAGAGCAAAGUCUUCUACCUGAAGAUGAAAGGGGACUAUUACCGCUACCUGGCCGAGGUGGCCACCGGCGAGAAGAGGGCGACUGUGGUGGAGUCUUCGGAGAAGGCCUAUAGCGAAGCCCAUGAGAUCAGCAAGGAGCACAUGCAGCCCACCCACCCCAUCCGGCUCGGGCUGGCGCUUAACUACUCCGUUUUCUACUACGAGAUCCAGAACGCGCCGGAGCAGGCCUGCCACCUGGCCAAGACGGCCUUCGACGACGCCAUUGCCGAGCUGGACACCCUCAACGAGGACUCCUACAAGGACUCAACGCUCAUCAUGCAGCUCCUCCGCGACAACCUAACGCUCUGGACGAGCGAUCAGCAAGACGACGACGGUGGAGAAGGCAACAACUAGACCCCCCCGAUGGACUGGCAGCCGCACGCUGAUGCUAACUACUGCAGUCUUUAUUUUUUUCCCACGAGUGGGGGGGGUCCGGGGUGGGGGAGGGAAAGGGAGGGGACACCUUCCCAGGGAGGCCCCCCACAACCUGUCUUUGAUUGCCUCGUUGACAUUUUUGCCAAAACACCACUAGUGGAAGUCAGGCUGGCUGUGCUGGUAUGGAAUAGCAGCCUCACUGGCAUAUGGACUGUUCUGUAGAUUAUUAAUACAAGUGGAGCUGUCUUUAAUUUAACUUUAUUGCUAGAAAUAAAAAAGGGUUUUAAGACGAAUUUGCGUGGAUGGAAUGGCCCUCGUUUUUAAGGAAAGCAACGCAAAAACAUUAAAAAAAAAAAAAAAAAAAAAAAAAAAGGAAGUUCUGUGGUUCCAGUAAGGCUUCGAGCGUUUGUUUCCGCAGCCCAGGUGCCGUGUGCCCGCACCACGCGGGGCCUCUCUCUGCAGCGCUCUGCCUGCCAGGGCGCAGCUGCAAAUCCCCAAAUUGAGAAGGAAUUAAAAAUAAAACCAACAAAACUAAAGAAUUUGGGGCUCGCAAAGCCCUGGGAUUUAGGCCAUCCAGUCUUUUUUUUGUUCUUUUUUUUUUUUUUUUUUUUUUUUUGGUUGAGAUAUUUAUUAGGGUAGCUUACAGUAUUAACACUAAAUUGCAGUUUACAGUAUUUCUACAUUACAGCCAUAUGACAUCAAGCCUUUGAUUGUCUGUUUUUCUUUCUUUUGCUAGUUCUUUUGGCUUGCCUUCCUGAGCAGUCCUCGCCUGUGGACUGGCUUUAGCUAUUCUGUGUCGCCCAAGGCAAGAAGACCGCCCGCCCGAGGAACAUCAAAGCUGCUCUAGUUUUUUGGUCAACAGCUUAACAGGUGCUUGGCUAGCGGCUGUUUCAACUAUUUUAAGUCCACAGCAAAAGGUUUAAGAACUUAAUUAGACAAAGGGGGAAGUGUUUAAACUUAAAAAUGCCACUUAAAUAAAAAACAAUAAAAAAAAAUUUAAAAAAAAAGAGCAUUCAGGUCUGUAUGUCAUGUACUGUGUUUGGUAUUUCAAAAGACCAUCCUGAUUUAAGGUGCCACAGCUGCUUCCUCAGGGAUUGCACUGCCAUUUCACUCUGCCUGACUUUCUCCCACUGUACCAUGAGGUUUGUCAGCAGAUCUCCAGCACCCAGGGCUCCCUUGUUUGUCACCAGGGAAGCCGGGUGCAUUUUCCUUUCUCCUGGGGAAGCUUGUGGUGUAAUGAGUGAACUUCAGGAGCAUAGACACUAAUUUGGUAGAGAAAUUCCUCAAGGGAAGAGCUACAAUCAUAGACAUUUCUAUCCACCAUCGGGAGCCCAGGAACUUAGUUCUCUUCUUAGCAAAAUCUUUUGAGUCUGUCUGAUCCGGCCGGGGGUGGGACUUGGGGCAUCUGAGUUGCUUAGCAGGUAAUACUUACCCCAUUUUGAGUCAAUUUAGCUUUAAUUUUGAUUUUUUCCAUGGUUGUUGGAGGUUCACUGCUGGGAGCGCUUCCCCCAGCGCUGCGCAGUGAGGAGAAACCGCGCUCGUGCUUUAAUUCCUUAUCGUGAUCGUGAUGCUGAUUUUGGAACCAGGCUUUCCCCGUCCCUUUGCUGUGGUGAGGCACACGCGGCACCAGCCCCUCCCGCCUGCCCUGGAGCGCCUCAGCCCCGGCCCAGCUUUUCUUUAGGCCGGGCUUAGCCCUGCUCCCAGUCUGCCCCAGGGAAUUGGGGGUGCAGCGUCCCACAGCGAGGGGUGUGCGGUGCCGCUGCGUGCCGGGACCGGGAGAUGCUUUAGGCUUCUGACCUCCCUCUCAUCCACCCCCGUGUCCCGUGAGCAGUGUUGUCCCAGCUGGAUAAUUUGGAAGUGAUUUACUGGAAUUACAAAACCUAUCUUCUUUUUUUUUUUUUUUUCCUCCAAAUAAUUACUACUCUUUUUGGCUUUUUGCUCUGGCUGCUUUAGGAAACUUAUGCAGGAGAGAUGGCACAAGAGGGCUAAAAACGGAGUGAGGGGUCAGGGACUUGAUUUUUAAGCAGCUUGAAUGGUUUCUUUCAUUUUUUAAGAGAUGCACUUGCCUAUGAUACUGUCUCUCCAGUGAAAUGAUUACUGCUCCAUUACUCUAUUGAUACAAUAUUGUGCAUGCUAGUGUCGUAUUUCUAUACAGUAGCUUGAAAUUUAUUAACUUAUACUGUAGAUGUUAUGUAUUCCUAUGACAAAAUAGUCUUCAAAAAUUUUUUAAAGUUUUUUAAUUUAUUUUUCUUUCCUUUUUUUUUUUUUUCGGGGGUAAAGUUUGCUCUACCAAAUAGUGAUCGUAACAAACUGAUCUGUUAUGGAUGUUGCUAUAGUGACAUGCAAUUAUAUAUGAUUUUGUUUUUAAAAAGGAAAAAAAAAAAAAGCAAAAGAAAACACCAGUGUUAGCUUAAUCUUAAUGUCUGGUGUUCGUCAUGGUGAAAUUAUAACUAUUACAGUGUAGGAGAACAAUGACUGUGUUCUUUGAAUGAGCCUUUGUUUGUGCUUUUUGUCAUGUUAUGCAGUGAACUAUUUUUAAGGUCUAAUCAGUGAUUAUUUUUCCAACUCCGUGUUUCUGUAAGGAAUUAUUUCACACACGGACCAUUCUUAGCAGUUUUUCCUCAGUGAUGGAAUAUCAUGAAUGUGAGUCAUUAUGUAGCCGUCGUACAUUGAGCAAAUAAACUUACAGAUCUGACGUCA